AUGGAAUUUGCCCUACUGUAUAAUAACCUAUUAAAAGUAAGGGUAGCGGAAAACCAGUUUUUGCUGGUCGAAUCAAAUUACAACAGCUCCUUCUUAAAUAAUUUCCUGUUUCAAUUUAAUGACAAGGAACUAAAAACGUGGCACCUAACGAAUGACAUGAUAAGGGACGAAAUAUCGAACGGAAAUUUUACGCUCCACAACAACAUGUGUGAAGUGGUUAACAAAUUAAAUAUAAACUGUGACAAUUUGCUAGAAUUCUACAAAUCGAAUGAUGAAAAAAAUAAGGAAAAAAUAAUCGAAAAUACUAUUCAUUUGUAUGACGAACUGAGCAAGAGAAAUAUGUCCAUUUAUAGGGUAAAGGAAUCUUUGCUAAAUCCGUGUAAAGAUAUAAGCACAAAAACGCUCACUGGAGGAAGUAAUUAUAUAUUUUUAUUUGUAUCUCAGAAGAAGCAUCUAAAAAUUAGCACGAUCUUCUUAAUACUGACGAUUUUUUUUCUGCAUGCAAUUUUAUACGACUUUGUAUUAUUUUUGUGCUUCAAGAAUUACCGACUGUCAAUCGAGAGCAAAAGGAAGUACCUUGCCAAAUAUAUGUGGUCAGUGAGUACCAUCUUGUUUUUAGAGAUCAUCCUAGGGGAUGACUGCAUCAUUUGGUGGCUACACGAUAUCGACCCCAUUUUUAAUUACCAUUUUCAAUAUUUCUUAUGGUACAUAUCUCUGUUCUGCUUAUUGUCGUAUGUACUACAUAGAGUGUUUAGGAAGUAUGCAGUAAGAAAUGACAGUAACAAUUGCACGUCAGCUUCGUUCACCAUGCAGUAUGUUCACGAUUUUCUGUUCGGGAUUAACAUCGUUUUUUCCUGCCUCUUUAUCCUAUUAAAUAUAAGCAAGGCCACCGUUAUCACCAUUAUCGUUACCGACAUAGUGCUCUUCAUAGAUAUUUUAAAUGACUCCUACUUAGAACAAAUACGACUAACCAAUUUUGAAGACUUCCCAUCAAAUCGGCAAAGAAAGAAAAAAUUCUACAUAAUUGAAAAUAACAAAAAAAAUGGAAAAAAAUUUACUCUAGUUAGACUAAAUGAGCACAUUUAUCAGGAAGUCACCCUGGAGAGUAAUUCAGAAAAACAAGCAAGCAAAAGCAAAGGUGACAUCGAUGCGAAUAAUAAAGGCGAACUGAAAAAAUCAUGUGAGAAAAAAAACAAAAUCUUUAACUUGAAGAAUGUAUUUAAUAAGGGAAAUAUAAAUAUGAAAAAAAUUCCAAAAAAUGCCGCCAGCAAUGGGAAAGAAGUCGAGGAGGAAAACGGUAAUAAUAGCGAGGAGGAAAACCAUAGCCAUGAUGAUGGUGACAAAUAUGACAGUAUAGACAACCCAGGUACGUCAUCUGUGGAGUAUUGCGAAAUUUGCGAUGAGCGCUUUAAAAAUGUGGUGCUUUAUCCCUGUAUGCAUGGAGGAUUUUGCGAAACUUGCAUACGGUCCAUGAUAUUCAAUUCACUGAAGUUGAAAGACUCCUUUCCCAAUUGUCCUCUCUGCCGAGACGCCAUCAAGAAUGUCUACAAAAUAUCUUACGAGGAUAGUCAGAAGAAGGUCCAGGCCGUCACGAUACUCACUAUCAGGGUGAAGCAAUGA